AUGGAAGAACCUAAACCACUUAGAUUUUUGGUUAAAGUCGAAAAACCAGUACCAAGACCACCAACACCUGGCGUUGAUCUACCUGAUCUGGAUAAUGAAGAACGUGAGAAAAGUAUUAUUUAUCUUCAAAAACUUCUUCGUGGUCGUGCUAUACAAAAUAUGAUGUAUAAGAAUAAAGAAGAACGUAUUGAAUUAAUUGAUGAAAUGCGUAGUACACAUGCAUUACAAGAACAAGAUAUGAAUAGAAAAAAACUUCAACGACAAGAUGUUCAAGUAGCACAACAUGCUCAAAGAAAAGAUAUUACACGAGAAGAUUAUGUUGAUUCAAUUCUUCAAACACUUGAAGGCGAAGCUAUUAGUGAUAUGUUUGAUUAUUUAUCAAAAGAAUUAAUACGUCUUCAAGAAGAACGUCGUAUUGCUGCAUUUGCUAUGUUAGCUGAACGUCAACGACGUUUACGUGAAGCUGAAGAAUCAGGUUUAAGACAAGUUGAAGAACGACGACGACGUGAACAAGAUGAACUUUUUAAACAAAUGCUAAAAAUGACUCAAAAUACGGUUGAUACAUAUUUAGAAGAUAUUAUUCUUGAAAGUACAUUUGAAACAGCUAGUGAACAAGCUCGUAUUGAAAUUCAACAACAAGCUGUAGCCAUUGAUGAUAUUGCUCAUGAAAUUGAAUCAAAACGAACUCAACUUGAAUCAGAAGGUAUUGUAGCUGAAUUAGUUCAUGGUUUUCUUAUACCAGAAAUUGCUAAACAAGAAAGUCGUAAUAAAGUUCGUCAUGCUCAACAUAAAUAUUUAUUAGCUGCUCAUCGAGUUGUCAAAGAAAAUUGUACGGAAAAUCUCAAUGAUUCUAUUAUUAUCAAUAGACAACAAUCAAGAGAAAUACCAUCGAACAAUGAACAUUAUCAAACAACACAAGAUGAAAAUGAACAUCAACAAGAAGAAGAAAGAGAAGAGCAAAAUCGUGAAUUUGAAGAAGAAACUCAUAGAGAAGAUAGUGACGAAGAAGAAAAUCGAGAAGAAGAAAAUGAAAAUCGUGGAGAAGAAGAUGAAAACCGAGAAGACGAAAAUGAAAACCGAGAAGAAGAAAAUGAAAAUCGAGAACAAGAUGUAAAUCGUGAUGAAGAAGAUGAACAUCAUGAAGAAGAAAAUGAAAAUCAAGAACAAGAUGUAAAUCGUGAUGAAGAAGAUGAACAUCAUGAAGAAGAAAAUGAUAUUCGAGAAUUUGAACAUGAAGAUGAAGAACCUAUUCAUAGUGAAAUCAAUGAUGAAGAUCGAGAACAAUAG